GCUCAAAAUAUCUGACAGAAGGGAAGGGAUUCUGACACUGUGGGCGGUACUUUUUGUAGUUUAUUAACUCACAUGUCACGUGAGUGUAGUCGUUUGUGCUGCCGUGUUGUAACUUUGAGUUCAGUGUUGGAGCAGUAAACGCUUGUUUGAGAAUGACGGAGGUGUGUAAAGAGGAGCGCGGCACAGCGGAGAGAUGGAGCCUGCGCUCCGGCGCUGUGAGUGUGGAGAUCCUCUCUCUGGGCUGCGUGAUCCAGUCCAUCAGGACACCAGAUCACAGCGGCCACAGGGCGGAUAUAGUGUUAGGAUACGAUCACGCAGAAGGUUAUCUCUCAAACCCUCGCUACUUUGGAGCUGUGGUAGGCCGGGUUGCAAACCGCAUGGCAAAGGGCCGGUUUGUGGUAGAUGAGAAAGAAUAUAAACUGGCUGUUAACAAUGGACCCAAUGCUCUGCAUGGAGGACUGAAGGGCUUUGACAAGGCCGUGUGGACCACAGAGGCGGUGGAUAACGGAGUGAAGCUGAGUCACUUCAGUCCAGAUGGUGAUGAGGGUUAUCCUGGGAACCUAAACGCUUCUGUCACCUACAGGCUGGAGAAGAACACACUGAGUGUGCUGUACCACGCACAGACUGACCGUACUACACCCAUCAACCUCACCAACCAUUCAUACUUCAACCUGGCUGGACAGGGGACACCAGACAUUUACGACCAUGAGGUGACCAUCUCAGCAGAGUCAUACCUGCCUGUGGAUGAUACGAUGAUCCCCACAGGGGAAGUGAAACCUGUGGAGAAGACCCUGUUUGACCUGAGAAAGCCUGUCCUCUUGGGCUCUAGACUGAAAGAGCUGCCUGGUCCAGGCUUUGAUCACAACUUCUGUCUGUGUUCACCUGGUGAUCCGCCACUGGAGCGAAAAUGUGCCCGAGUGGUGCAUCCUGGGACGGGUCGUGUUCUGGAGGUGAGCACUACACAGCCUGGGGUUCAGUUCUACACCUCUAACUUCCUGGACGGGACAUUGAAAGGAAAGGGUGGAGCUGCUUACUCCAAACACAGUGCCUUCUGUUUAGAGAGCCAAAACUGGCCAGAUGCUGUUAACCAGCCUCAUUUUCCUGAUGCUCUGCUGAGGCCAGGAGAGACGUACACACACACAACACGCUUCACAUUCUCAGUGCUCUGAAAUUACAUCAGCAUGUGAAGUUUUUUUCUAGCAGCAAGUUAAAUGACCAACAUGAUGUACUGCUUCUAAGACCAUGAUAUUGUAUUUCUACUGUAGAGGAUAUUUGUCCCCUCUACCAUAAAUCCUACACUAACACAAUUACUACUUAGUUAAAAUUAACAUUAAGGUUUGCUUGUAAUCAUACAUUUUAAUGUCAUCUAAUAGAAACAAAGCCUGUAAUUUGUUUACAAAAUAUUAUUUUUUUAUUUUUUUGAGGUGAAUACCAUAAUAGCAUUAUCCACAAAAUGCAGUCAUGUAAUGAGACAAAUUAUAUCAAUGCAAUAGAAUCACACAAACUCAUGUGCCCAAAAAUAAUUGGGGAAAAAAAUGAAAAUCCAUUAUUUUUAAUUGCAUCUUUUGGCAAAAAUAUGACUUUUCAUAGUAGUCCCACGUUAUAAUAGAAGUUAAUAAUUAAAAACAAUAACAGUGUCUUUUAUAAUUUGACACAAUUCAUACUCACGUUCAAGAUUGAUGCACAUGCUGUCUUGUUUCUAUAAUAUUGCAUUAAAGGGGAUUUAGGAAAUGUCUGUGAAAUCACACAAUGCCAAAGUAUAUUUUCUGCAUCUACUCUGUAAAAGAAAAUGAAACUGUUUCUGAAAAGUGCCUCGACAAAGUUGAAUAAAAUCAUCUACUGAUAUUUUA